AUGCAAUUGCCCAAGCCAGCAGCGGACUUUGAUAUCACGAUUAUCGGAGGAGUGAAAGGUGGUCCAACCGGUUUAUUCUCAGCGCUUCUUGCCCGAGAGCAAGGACUCUCUGUCUGUAUUCUCGAACAGCGAGAAGGGCCGCUUCCAAUCGGACGAGCAGAUGCCUUGAACGCACGCACGCAGCAAGUCUAUGAGGUUGCCGACGUCUUGAAGUACUUGCGGCCAAAGGGCCUCAAAUGUAACACGAGCUCCGUCUUCAAAGAUGGGAAGUUCGUCAGCCACAACAACACGUGGUGGGUCAGCCUGGAGAACUCGCAGUACAAGGAAUUCCUGAUGAUCGGCCAGCCGGAAAUUGAGAAAGCCCUGCUGAAACGCCUCGACGUGGGCGUCCGGUACGGCGUCACGGCCGAGUCCAUCACCGAGAGCGCCGAGGGGGUGGAGGUCCGGGUCGUCGGAGACAAGGGCGUCAUCCGCUCGCGAUACCUGGUGGCGGCGGACGGCGCGCACUCGGCGUGCCGGAAGCAGCUGGGCAUCGGCUUCGCGGGCGACAUGCCGAACAUGUGCUGGGCGGUGCUCGACACCUUCCUCGAGACGGACUUCCCCGUCUGUGACGAGAUUGUGAGCUUCGAGGUCGACGGCCAGUCGCGGGUCUCGUGGAUCCCCCGGGAGCGCGGCAUGGCGCGCUUCUACGUCCUGCUGGAGGGCGAGGUGACGCAGGAGAAGACCCAGCAGUCGAUCAGCCAGCACAUGGCUCCCUACAAGGUCGUCUUCAAGGAGACCGAGUGGUUCAGUACCUACAAUGUCCAAGAGCGGGUUGCAGAGGCUUUCGUCUCGCGAGGCCACGGCCGGGUGAUCCUGGCUGGGGACGCCGCUCAUGUGCAUGCCGUGAAUGGUGGCCAAGGGUUGAACACGGGCGCAGCGGAUGCUUUCGCGCUGGCGUGGCGCUUGAAGCUCGCCAUCAGUGGUUUCAACACCCAAGUCCUGCAAAUCUACGAUGCGGAGCGAAGAGCGACCGCCAAGGGCGUCGUGGACGUUGCCGCAAAGCUGGUACGGACGACCCUCAAGACGGCCGAGGAAUACGUUGCCCUGAUCGGCAAGAAUGCAGCGAACAUUACGGGAAUGGGCAUCACUUAUGCACCUUCAUCCGCCGCCGUCGUCGCCAGCUCCGUGGGCGCGUUUGUGGCAGGUGCGAGGACUCCUGACUUCGUCUUCGCCAAGGCAAAGGUCGUCGAGAUCCGUUUCUAUGAGUUGCUUCGGUACGGGAACUUUGUCGUUCUCAACCCUCAAGGGUUGGCGCUUGACCUGCCACAGUCACUGGAUGCUCACGUAGAUGUUUGGGAGGUCUCGAAAAGAGAUACUCUGUUCGAAGUGAAAACUGCUGCGGGGGCUAUAUUGACCACAUCAUUUGAUCUGGGACAAGAUCUAACCAGCGCGAUUGUAAUUCGCCCUGAUCUGUACACAGGCUAUGUUGGUACCGAUGUUCUUGGAUAUUUCAAGGGUUUUGUGUUGUAG